AUGAAUGGCUAUGGCAUCACGUCGCAAGGCGAUGAAGCCGGUUCUGCCUCGGUCGACCAUACGGAAAACUCGUCCAGCGUGAAGCGAACUGGCAAAAUGGCAUCGUUCAAUGACACGCGUCGUUGGGCACACGACUCCGAGGACGACGGAAAAUUGACUGGAAAACCACCAGCUGAUGUGAUAGAAGAGUGUUUAAUGAAGGGCAAAUUGAAGAGCGACUGCCAAAAUUAUAUCCGAGUGCUGGCGCGCCAAUCAUCGGGCAAGGCGUUGAUAUGUGGAACGCACGCGUUUUCGCCAAAAUGCAGAGAAUACGUGUAUUCGAGCACCGAUGGCACGUUAAAAAACGUUCGGCAAUUUGACGGAAUGGGCAUAUCGCCGUAUGAUCCGCGUGAUAAUUCGACCGUGGUGUAUCUGCCCGAGACGAAUGAGAUCUACACGGGGACCGUAUCAGAUUUUGUAGGCAAUGACCCUUUAAUAUAUCGGAAACGAAUCGGUGAAAACGAUCGCGAUAACGGUAUUCGGACCCAACGCGAUGACGCCCGGGUCCUGGACUGUAAGUUUUCGAGAAAGUUGAGCUGUGUGGGGCGAGAUAUUGAUACGCGCCAAAUUUUGUCGGCUUCAUUCGUCUACAAGGAACAUGUCUACUAUUGGUAUCGGGAACGAGCCGCUGAAGCGAUGGAUAAUAAUGAAGAGCGUCAGAUCUUACGCUCGUGUGGCACGGGUUUGUCGUAA